UUAAUUUGCUAGAGCAGCUCACAGAACUCAGAAAAACGUUUCGCUUACUAGAACACUGGUUUAUUACAGAAUGUAACUCAGGAACAGCCAGAUGGAAGCACAGGCACAGGGCAAGGUGUGGGGAGAGGGCACGGAGCUUCCAUGCCCUAUCCAGAAAAUGUUCCUCUCCCCAAUCUCCACGUGUUCACCAACCCCGCAGGGUAACUAUAGAUUGAGACUAGGCUGGGACCGGGUGGCCUGACCCCUACUUCAAGGUCACUCCCUCCAGUCCCAUUUCCACCUGGCGCUCUGGCCACACAGAAAUCCCCCCAGAUUACCCCCAGCCCUCUCCUCCCUCUUAGCCCUGACAUGGGCUCUCCCCUCUGCCUGUGAUGACUUCCCAAUGCAGUUCUUCACUUGACCAAACCCUGCUCUUGUACGAAGACUCAGCCCCGGUGUCACCUCCCACUAAGGGACAGAUGCUUCCUCGGUGCUCUCACCAUUGUAGCCCACUUCAUGUCACUCUGCGGUUACCUUCCCAGUCUGCCUCCUCACCACAGUGUAAGCUUGGCCAGGGCUGGAAGAGGCUGUUUGCCCUUGGAGUCCCCGGUGUUGGUUGAGCCUGUGGUCCUGCCUGUAGGAAGCCAUAGGUGUUGGGAAAACACCUGCAGGCAGGCAGGGAAUUGCUUCAAGAUGGUGAAUGAACACGGCUUCAGUUCUUGAACCACACAAGGAGAGGAAAGCGUGGAGCAGAGAGACUGAUGUCCACUGAGCAGCAAAAACAGUGAGAAACUCCUGGGAAGAUUGAAGGGGAUUGUGAGCUGGGUGGUGGAGGGGUGGACAGGGUUGGCAGCUGGAGCGGGCUAGAAAGAGGAUAGCCACGGAGUCUGUAAAAAGAGAGUUUGGCCCCUCCUGGGGGCAGCCCCACAGAACUGAAAACAUACAAUGUUUUCGUACAUACAACAUACAACUGAAAACAUACAAUUCAAGCAACAUUAUUUUUAACAGCCAAAAAGGUGGAAACCCAAAUGUCCAUCAGCUGGUGAAUGGAGAAACAAAUUGUCAUCUAUCCAUAGAGUGGAAUAUUAUUCAGCCACGAAAAGGAAUGGAAUAUGGACUUUGGAUGAUUAUCAUUGUGUUCAUCAAUGGUAACCUGUACAUUUUGGGGAUGUUGACAGUGGGGGAGGUUAUGCAUGAUGGGGGCAGAGGGUGUAUGGGAAAUCCCUGUACCUUCUACUCAGUUUUGCUGUGAACCUAAAAGUUGUGGUGAAAAUAACUAUGUCAUGGGCCAGCAAACGUUUCCUGUAAAGGUGCAGGUAGUAACUUAGAUCAGACCUGGGAGCAAUGAAGGUGAGUGGACUCCAAAUCCCAUCAGGCCAUGGGGUCAUGACUUCAUGAGCUGCAGUGACACAGAGUCCAAGUGCUCAUGGGAGUUGUAGUUUAAGGGGGCAUGUCUAUUUGGGGACAACAGAUAAUGAGGGACGAAGAGGUAUUUUGAUUUAGGGGAAGGAAGGGAUAAGCUAUUUCUCAGAGAACUGGCCUGACUGGUGAGGAGUGGGGAGUUGGAAAGCCCCCCUGGAUGGAGCCUACUGAUUCCUCUUGUCCCCUCCACCCAGCCCUGGACCCCGUCACCAUCACCUCCUGUAUCAGCACCUCAGGGAGGGGGGGGCACGGAGUCACCCUCACCUAGUCCUGCCCCCUGGGAGGCUAUGAGGCCUUUGAGUUGGAGGUGGGCGGGCCGGGACUCCAGGACAGCUCCUCUUGUGGGAGAGACGUGUGGGUGUCGGGACUUAGGCCGGCUCAGUCCUACUCAGCCACCAUCACGACCGUCUGGGAUGGAAUGAGGGCCCAGUCUGCCUCCGUGACCUGCCACACCGAGAGCACAGGGGCCAUCGUGGGAGCCAUAGUCAGUCCCCUUCUGUUUCUCAUCCUGGUGGGCCUGCUGGUUUUCUUCCUGAAGAGGAGGCAUAAGAAGAGUGAGAAGAAACCAGCACCCAGGGAUCUGGUGUUCAGCUUCCCAGGGGACGUCCUGGCUGAAGACUUGGCUAACCACGUCAGGAAACACGAGGACAGCGGCUGUGGCUUUGCUGAGGAGUACCAGCCGGCCCUGGAGGACCACAGCCAGUCCCAGACGGUGGCCUCAGCUCCGGAGAACAGCGCCAAGAACCGUUACAGAAACGUGCUGCCCUAUGACUGGUCCCAUGUGCCCCUGACGCCCCUCCCUGGGGAGCCGGGCUCUGAGUACAUCAACGCCAGCUGCAUCCCUGGUCUCUGGAGCCUCCGGGAGUUCAUUGCAGUACAGGGCCCCCUUCCCCACACUGUAGGCGACUUCUGGCGCCUGGUGUAGGGGCAGCGGAGCCCCACACUGCUCAUACUGACCAACUGCGUGGAGUCUGCCCAGGUGAAGUGUGAGCAUUACUGGCCUCUAGACGCCCAGCCCUGCACCCAUGUGACCCUGGUGGGUGAGGAGGUGAUGGAGAACUGGACAGUACGAAACCUGAAGCUCUGGCAUAUGCAAGAGCAGAAGACUUUAUCUGUGCGUCAGUUCCACUAUGUAACCUGGCCAGACCAUGGCGUCCCCCACUCCCCAGACCCCUUGCUGGCCUUCUGGAAGAUGCUCCGGCAGUGGCUGGACCAGACCGUGGGGGGAGGCCCCCCCAUUGUACACUGCCCCGCUGGCGUGGGCCACUCGGGCACCCUCAUUGCCCCGGAUGUCCUGCUGCGGCAGCUGGAGAGUAAGGGUCUCAUGGGGCCCUUCAGCUACAUGAUGGAGAUGUGAGAAAGCCGGCCACAUAUGGUGCAGACUGAGGCCCAGUAUGUGUUCCUGUACCAGUGCAUCCUUAGGUUUCUGCAACAGUCAUCCCCAGUGCCCGCUGAGAAGGGGCCCACCUAUGAGAACCUGCUUUUCGAGAAUGUAGCUCCUACAGAGGCCUAAGCUGCAGGAGGGCUGAGACCCCAGCCCAUCUAGACUCAAAUUCUGCAUCCCUACUUCACCCCAGAUACCUGGACCCCUGGGACAGCAGAGGGCUGGGGUUCCACACUCCUGGGCCCUGCAGGAAGAGGGGGCUGGCAGCCUAAAUUCCUGCUUUCCAGAGGGGGAGAGAGGUCAGGUGGGAGCCCAGAUCCUGGAUUUCCAGUUCCUUGAAGAAGGAGAGGGAUGGGAUCUAGGAUUUCCUUGUUGCUUUUUGAGGGAGGAAGAGGCUGCAGGGUCUCAAGGAAACAAGCUGAUUUCUGAGGAAGAAAGGAAGUAACGAGGGUCCAGAAUUGUGGCCACCCAAGGCGCAAGGGCAGGCCAGGCAGGAUCCUGCCCGUAUUUUACUCCAGAAACUGAAUCAUCAACCUUCGAGGAUCUGAGGUUUCCCUGCACCCCACUGCCUGUACAUAUUUUUUCUUUUAUCCCAUAAUUUAUUAAAUCACUAUGCUCCCCAGA